CUGAAAGUUAAACCCCACAACACAACCUAGAACCUCAUUAAAAGCAACCCAAGAUGUCAUUCUUCGCGACAAGUGCAGCCCUCCGCCAAUCCAUCCUGUCCACCACACGGUGCAGCCGCGCCCUGUCACUCGCGGGAUUGUCUUCUCCCCGAGCAUCAACAGCAGCAACCUAUAGGAGCACCCUGGCAGGAUCCAGACUCAUCCGGUUAUCCUCUACCCAGGCGAACAAGGAGUUUCUGUGUAUUCUCCCGGAUAAGCCUGGCGCGCUGGAAUUGAGGAAGCAGGUUCGACCGACUCACAUCGAGGGAAUCAAACCCCUAGUGGAAUCGGGGAGGAUGGUCGUUGGUGGCGCAAUGCUAAACAGCCACCCCACCGACAGCCAAGGCCCGUCCUUCAAAGGCAGCAUGAUCAUCUACACGGGCGAGAGUGUAGAAGACGUGCGCCAGAUCAUCAAGGAUGAUGUCUACUCGACGAGUGGUGUUUGGGAUUUGGAGAAUGUGCAGAUUAUUCCGUUUGUUUCUGCUGUUCGGGUUGCGAAGCCUUAACUUGUUCUGUCUGUCUACAUAGCUAGUAGCAUAUGUCAUCGAUUACCAGGAUGAGAUGUAAACUAC